ACUCAAAGUUGCCCAGUGGUAUCCUUUCCAUGCGGGGUUGUUUGUACUGCGAUAAUCAUCAGAAUGGCGAUAACAAAGGCGAGUGUCCACGCCACUCUCAAAUGGGCAUUGAUAACGGUGCUGCUUUACCACUACAGUAGCAGGUGUCCAGUCAUGUACGUGAUAUGUUCCUUCCUCCAAACUGAAUACGUGAUGAUGACUAGCGCUUGCGACAUCCCACGCUUCAACCUGCAAAUCCCGUACUUUGCUGUUUCUGUUUCUUGGCUUUGGGCGACAUGGAGACACUCGAGCGGUAACGAGCAGUUCGGGAAUGUGCAAGUCACGAGAUCUUACUAGUGUCUUCGGAGGUUCGUCUCUGUAAGGCUAGCGAAUGGAAGUACCAGCUCGGCACAAUCCACGUGGCUGGCCCUGAUCUGAAUUGAGGACGACCAUGUCU